AUGGCUCUGGCUGAGCCAUAUGUCAUCGAAGAGCAAAUCUUACAUUUUAGGAAUAUCCACAAUAUCACCUAUAUCAACUAUGAUACUGGAGAAAGCAAAGCAGAUGAUAGCCAUAAUUGGGAAGUAGAAGAAGUUGAGCCUCCGUCUAUCUUAGAUAGAUUUGUAACGAACAAUGUUCCCGUGAAGAAAACUAUCAGACUCGGUCAUUUAGCUGGAGAGGAUAAUGUGAGUGAAGAAGAGCAUUCCAAAAAAGGUUCUUUAUCUAUCCAAUCAAAGACCUCUCUUUUCAAGCGAGAUCUUAAAUUGAAGGGAAUCAAUCAUUUGACUAAAUAAAUUUGCCCCAAUUCAAAAACCAGUGGUCGUAGAACAGGAAGAUCCAGAAGAUCUGUUUACUACUCAAAUGAGGGUAAUAAAGAUCAAGGAAUAUGAGCUAGAACAACAAGAAAUUAAAUAAAGCUAAAGAUGUAAGAAGAAAGCUCCUUGCCAAAAGUAGAGCUGCUGCUCUAAAAAACGAGGAAAAGCUACUCGCCAAAAGAGCUUAUACUUAUAAUUAUGACGGUGAGAUAAUAUUUGUCAAACCGAAUAAUAAUGACAGAAUGCCACAGACUCUUUCUCAGCCUCGGAUUAGAACUAAGCUUAAACCGAUGAUCAAGACUUCUCAGGAAACUAUACAUAAUAUCAAGAGGUCCAACUUGUCACAAGAUGAGAUUGUUCAAAAGCAUUUCAAGCCAACCCCAACUCAGGAAUCUGAAAAGCUCAGUAAAAAGAAGAAAUAA